GAGGGGCUGCCCGCCCGUGCCGGGGGAUGCCGGCGGUGCCGCCGCGCUGUGCGGGAUGCCGCAGCCGCCCCGGUGCGCUCCGGACCGCUCGGCACCGCGGUGAACGGGAGCCGGGCUAUGCUCGCUGCCGGCCGCUCGGGGGGACGGGGCCGCAGCGCUUCAGGUGCGGGCGGCGGGGCGGCUGCGAGCGGCUCGGCCCCAUUCGGAUGCGGAGAUCUCCCCCUGCCGGGCUCCGCUUCCAGUGCUGGAAAGAAACCCGUGAGUCAGUCCGCUAAAGGGAGACGGCGAUUUUGGGGCGCAGUGGUGAGGACUGACUGCACUGUGCACGCACAGACGGGUCCUUGGCGCAGCGCUCCUCGGCUUGGAAUAGAUCGCACCAGAUGUUGAGGACCAGAGUCUUAAAAACCACUCCUUGCACAUCUCAGUGAGAAUCCACCAAACCCGGGACGUUGGAUUUUGCAAUUUUAAUAAUAAAAGAGACCAUUCCAUGAUAAAAGCAGCCCAUCUCUUUCAAACUGAUUACAAUUUUUUUUUUACAGUUUUGGGGGAUUAUUUUUCUAUUCGACGUAUUGUCUGUAUAGUCUGUAAAUGGAAAGCCUGAACCGUUUAGAAACCUCAUUGCCACUCAGCAUUUCCAGAGUCCUCAGGGAGGAUCACCUGUGUUACCUGUGGGAUACAUCAUUGAAUGCCACACAGUGUGAAGCCCCAAUCCUGCCAGCAGUCUCCUCCAUGCUCUUGAAUGACGUGAGCUUUGCUGUGGAGUCAGAGCCCCAAACGUGAGCUUAUUGCUGCAGUGCAUUGCUGUGAUGAAGGUGAUGUCAUUGGGGACAGAGGAAUCUUUGGGAAGGCAGCACAGGUGUAGCACACAGCAUGUGGGUGCGUGGCACUCCAUACUGUAGGCUCUGGAUGAUGCUAUCACCACACAUUAAUAGGUCUGAAUUUCUAUUGAUUUCCUUUUGGAACACAUUUUCUGUACAUAUAUAUUUUUAAAGUCUUUGUGCUGAGCAUGAGCUGCUCAUAAAAAAUAGGCUUUUUUCUUAGUCUGCAUUCAUCAUCCAUUGGCACUACUGCUAUUUAUACACGUUCCAGCUGACUGUCCUUGUCUCAUCCUCAGCUCCCCGCGUUUCCUGGGGGACGGUGGGUGACCAAAAUGGCAUUUCCCAUAGAAGGAGAAAAGCUCCAUCUCUAUCAGCUCUGCUAUGGCCCAGGAGCUGGAAUGUUCCAAUUGCAUUCACUGGGUUGUAUUCAACCCCUCGUAUUCAAUGCUUCCUCAUAGGACCGACCCUUUCCCUUUGCUUCUUUGCCUUUAGCACAUUUUCACGGAUUAUUUUUUUUUUUCCUUUUAACGCACUGAGGGGAAAAUACCCGCAUUUCUGGCUUCAGCGAGCCCUGAUACUGGAGUUUGGAGACUUCCACCUUCUGCACAUGGCUCUUUUCCAGCUGGGCAGGAAGCCGUUGGUUGGACUGGAUAUCAUUUCCAACCCUAACGAUGCGGGCAACGGCGCCGGCAUUCCGAACAUCCGCGUGUCCCGUGCGCCCGGCAGCACCGCCGGCAUCCCGCACCGCCGGCACCGGGGCCGCGCUGACGCCUCCGCGGCCGGGCUGGAUCCCGCCCCUGCAGCACCCCGCCGCCAUUUGCUCGCAGCGCGGUCUCCCCGCCCGCUCCGGGGUUGGAGCAGCCGAAGCUCUGCCUCCUGCCCGUCCCACUCCCGGCCCCGGCCUGCCCGGAGUGCCCAGCACGGCGCCCGCGUUUGCUGGGCGAGCCAUGGCCGCGCGGGGCGGCUGCGCGGCGGCCGGCGGAGCGGGUUUUCCCCGCGGGAGCGCCGAGCUCUGCUCCGCGGCUCAGCCCGCCAUGGAGAGCACCAGGCAGACCAGGAUUUGCCGCCCGCACAAAAUCAGCGAGUCCUCGAAGGUGUACAGAUGGGAUGACCACUCUAGUCUGGUUCUUCAGAGUCUGAACGAACAGAGGCACCGAGGGCUCUUCUGUGAUAUUGUCCUCGUUGUGGAUGAGCAGAGAGUCCCUGCCCAUCGGAACCUCCUGGCUGUUUGCAGCGACUACUUCAACUCUAUGUUCACCAUUGGUAUGAGAGAAGCUCAUCAAAAAGAAGUUGAACUUUUUGGAGCCUCUUACAUUGGUCUCAAGGCUGUGGUGGACUUUCUUUACGGAAGUGAGCUGUCCUUGGAUGGAGGCAAUAUUGAUUACGUGCUCGAAACAGCUCACCUGCUGCAGAUCUGGAAGGUUGUGGACUUCUGUUGUGAGUAUCUCGAGAACGAAGUCAGCGAGGAGAACUAUUUGUACCUGCAGGAGCUGGCCUCUAUCUACAACCUGAAGCGCCUCGACUCCUACAUUGAUUCUUUCAUCCUGCAGAACUUUGGCACGCUGUCUUUCACUCCAGACUUCCUGCAGAACGUUUCCUUGCAGAAGCUGUGCCAGUAUCUGGACAGCAGCAAUGUGCAGCAGGAGUGCGAGCAUGAUUUGCUGCAGGCUGCCUUGCAGUGGCUUACCCAGUACCCAGAAAGGGAGAACGAGGCUUACCAGGUUCUGGAUAACAUUCACUUUCCCUUGAUACCUAAAAGCGAUCUCCUCCAUCGAGUCAAGCCUGCUGUGUGCUCCCUUCUCCCCAAAGAAGCAAACUGUGAGGGCUUCAUAGAAGAAGCAGUGAACUACCAUAACAACGUCACUGCUCAGCCAGUGCUGCAAAACAAGCGGACAGCCCUGCGGACCUGCGAGGAAAGGCUCCUCUUUGUUGGGGGGGAGGUUUCCGAACGGUGCCUGGAACUGAGUGAUGAUACUUGUUUCUUGGAUGUCAGAAAGGGGCAGUGGGUAGCAGAGACCCCUCUGCCAGCCAGACGAAGUCACCACUGUGUUGCAGUGCUGGGAGGUUUCAUCUUCAUAGCCGGAGGCAGCUUUUCAAGAGACAACGGAGGGGAUGCGGCUUCAAAUCUCCUAUAUAGGUAUGAUCCCCGCUGUAACCAGUGGAUAAAGGUUGCCUCCAUGAGACAACGUCGUGUGGAUUUCUACCUGGGAGCUAUAACUGACAUGCUGGUAGCUGUUGGUGGCAGGAACGAAAAUGGGGCUCUUUCUUCAGUGGAGACCUAUAGUCCUCAGAAGGAUUCGUGGUCCUAUAUAGCAGGCUUGCCAAGGUUUACUUAUGGCCAUGCUGGAACAGUCUACAAGGAAUUUGUGUACAUUUCAGGUGGCCACGAUUACCAAAUUGGCCCGUACCGAAAAAACCUGCUGUGCUACGACUACCGCACAGAUGUCUGGGAGGAGAAGAGACCAAUGAUCACUGCCAGGGGGUGGCACAGCAUGUGCACCUUACAGGACAAUAUCUAUUCUAUUGGUGGCAGCGAUGACAACAUAGAAACCAUGGCUCGUUUUGACAUUCUGAGCGUGGAGUCGUACAGCCCUCAAUGUAACCAGUGGACCAGAGUUGCUCCUCUGCUGCAAGCUAACAGUGAGUCAGGGGUGGCUGUCUGGGAAGGCAAAAUUUAUAUACUUGGAGGCUACAGCUGGGAAGAAACGGUCUUCUCCAAAACAGUCCAAGUUUAUGAUAAGGAGAAAAAUAAGUGGUACAAAGGAACUGAUUUACCCAAAGCGAUUGCUGGUGUGUCUGCAUGCGUCUGUGCACUGAAACCCAAAACAGAGGACAAAAAGAAAAAGACAAAAACAAAAAAACAUCAGGAUCGGGGAAGAUGACUGCUUCUGGAUAACCACCCUUUAAUGGUGGGCUCCCAAGGACCCUUGUAUUUAUCAUUUCUUUCUAACCUUGAUUCUUUAUUUUUCUUUUUAAAUAGGGGGAAAAGGUAUCUUCUGAAGCCUCACAAACGUACAGUGAAUGUGUUUUUUGGAUUAAGCUCACAUUUAAGGUCAAAAACAAGAAAAAAAAAAACCCCAAAAAUCUCUUUUAAGGGGUGAUAUGGCAAGAGAGGUUAUGCUAAUCUCCUGAAUGUUGAGGAUUAAUUUUUGUCACCUGUGGUUUUUGGCAUUCUCACACAUAUUCUGUUAUGCUGACAUUUGAAAAAUAAGGUUGAAUCUUUGGCUGGGAUUAUAAUGACAAAGGUGAGAGGCGGAGUAGAAAGUGAUGAGCUUGAAGUUACAGAGCAAUUCAAAGGAGCUCAGAAGCUAAGAAGAAAAUGAAAUGGGUCUUCAAUGUUGUAAAUCUUGGGGUUUUUUUAUUAUUUCUUUCAGUAACAGAUUCCAUUUACAGUACAUUUUUGAGUUUUCAGUAUCAGAUUUCUGGAACACUCGAGCAUUCAAAGAAAGUAUUUCUUUAGGUGAAUGCAGGUCAGAUCAGCUUGAACAGCAACUAACUCCACUGUAGUCUUUAGAUUAAGAAGGCCUUAUUGUGUGGCCAAAGAAUAGAUGGGAGCUGACUGGGGCUUGGAUUGAUAGCGUUGUGAACUUUGAAAUCUGGGGAAGGUGAUACGAAUUUUGCACGCCUUGUUGCAACAUUUUCCCUAUUUAGAUAUGAGAGCUUGUUUUUCUUAGGCUUUAAAACAUGCCCUGCAGUGAGGAAAAAAAAACUAUUAAAGUAGUAGAAAAAAUAUUUGAGGAUUUGGAUGGAAACUGCUGUGUUUUUACUGAGCUUUAAAGCAGUUGGGAUUGGAAGAGUUCACCAUGAGUUUGGGGAUUCUUGAGUAGCGUUCCAAGGAGUGGGGAAAUGACAGAAGGAUUCUGUAGGCGAGCACAGAGCAGGAGUGUGUCCUUCCCCAGCCCUGCCAGCCUGUAUGAGCUGGGAUUUGCUUCCUUUGAAUGGAGCUGGCAGUGGUCAUGGCCAGUAGCCAGUGUGAGCAGGGGCCAGAUUUGCCUUCUGACAAACAGCAGACCAACCAGGAUGAUGAAUUGGGGUUUGGUAAUCCUGUGGAAGAGAAACUUGAUUAUUUUUUUUUUACCUUAGCUGUCAGCUCAUGCUUUCCUUGUCUUUCAAAUUCAAACUGGCUUUUCCUGAGAAUUGCCUUUUCUGUUAGGCUUUGUCAGGAUUCCAAGCCACAUUUCAUCAAGCUUGCAGAAGAACACCUUCCCCAGCGAGGAAGGUCCCAUAGGAAGAAACCUAAAAUGCUCUCAGGACUGCAUUUGGGAUCUGGACAGUAGGACCAAACUGAAAAUUGUCUGUUAGAUCCUCUGUCUCACGCUGUUCUCUGCCUACCAAGUGAAGAGAUUUCUGACCCAAGUGUUAGUUCACCCUCUACAAACACAGCUGAUUGUGCUGUAGAUAAUAAAAUUCCCCGACUGUCUGGCCGGCUUUCAGGCAUUCACCCUGGGGCAUUUUACAAACGCACCUCUGAUUUGCAAGGAGUUGAUCACCAGCAAUCUGAUACAACCACUUCAGUUAUUGUUAUAAUGCCAGGCCACAGAUUAACAUUUCUCCUUCCCAAAAGAGUAAGUUUUUAGAAACUUUUUAAAAACUUUUAUACUUUUUAUAACGCAUUUUGCUAACUCAGUCUUGUUUGCCAUGUAAUAUAUGAGUAGGGGAACUACUGCUCUGUAAUUGUGGCUGCCGUCGAGAGCUCAUAAUUGGACGGCUCCUUUAGUCUUUGUGUAGCUGGUUGGGAUGUGAUGCAGCUGUCAGAGCAGCAUUUACAUUCCCAGCAUUGUCAGGCAGUCAGCUAUAAUUGUAACCAUUGUGUGGCCACUCCACUGAUAGUCCAGCUCACCAGACAUGUUAAUAAACACAUUUUCUUUUCAGCCAUUGGGGAUCUGCUGAGUGGUUUGGUUUAAAAUUCUGCUGGGGAAGUAUUGAUUCUAGUUUUUGUUUGGUUGGUUUUUUCCUCCUCACUUCCCCUUUCACAUCAUUCCCGUGCACCAUAACCACGUAUUUCGGAUUUGCCUUUUUCUUUCCAUACAGUGUACAUAGAGGUGAUACCCUGCUAAUAUCCUGCUUAACUCCCUGGUUUUUGUUCAUGGGAUUUCUGUUGGUUGCUUUUGUUGGUUGCUUUUGGUUAGUUGCUUGGGCUUUGGGUUGUUUUGGUGUUUUUUUUAGCAACUAUUUACCUCAUUAAUUGGAAAACACUAAGAAAACAUUUUUGCACUUCAUGUCAUUUGAAGCUCUUGUAAUUUAGAGAGCUCUUAGUUAUAUUACAAGAACUUCUUUGCAUUGAAAGAUGUACUUCUGAAUGAACUUCUGGAGUGCAAGGAAGUGACCGGUGUCUUCUUAGGUGCUCAAAAAUGAUUGAGGAAAACUAGCUUAAAUGACUUCUUGGAAACUCCUUGAGGUUUUGUUUUUCUUAUUUGCUUAAAAGAAAAAAACCUGAAGUAGUUAAUCUCAUUUGCAUUAAUGAAUUUGUUCUAAAGCCUUUGUACACUGCAUGAGGUAAUCAUUUUUUGAAAUUCUAAAACUAAUUAAAAUUUGGUUAUGACAAACAUUAAUGAGUUGUGAGGCUUUUUUUUUAUAUAUAUCUGAGAUCCUAGCUAUGUUGACUGAGAGCUAUUUAACUUUAGGGGACAUUUUCAUGUGUAAGUACAGAAGAAAUGUCAAGGCCUUGCUUUGUUUUUGUUAAUGGGUUGCCUAUUCCUAUAUUUCCUCUGCCCUCCCACCCAUUUAAUUGUGUUUGUGUAAUACAUUAAUGUCUGGAAAAAAAAAAUAAACCCAGCUUAGAAUAUUGUAUUCAUAACUGUCUGACCUGUGGAUUGUUUUAACUGUUCUUUUCCUUAUUGACAACUUGGAAACAAGUGAAUUUGUAAAUAUUUGAGCAAUUAUUUUAGGUGGCAUUGGUAAUGAUGGAAACAUUUCAGCAGGCAGGAGCUAAAUAUAACAGUUGGAAGUAGAAAUGUAAAUUCCUUGGCUAAUCC